AUAUGAAGUAUAUAAAUUUUAAACAGCAAAAAAUAGUCUAAGAUAUUAAUAUAAACUUUUGUAUACAAAAAAAGAGCCAACUUCUCUGGGCUUCCUGAUGAUAGUUUUCAUAAUUCAUAGAUAAAUUAUCAGUGUAAAUGGGUCAUUGACAAUUUGCACUUUAGUGGUGUUGCAAUAAAUUUGUAUUAUCUUUUUGACCUUUAUUCUCGUCAUAAAAUAUAAUUAUCAUUUAUACGUAAUCUAUAAUAAUCGAAGGCUCCAUAAUUUAUGCAACUAUUCAAAAUAUAAUUGUAUCAGUUUUUUUAUUCAAAUGAUAAUUUCACUUACCUUUUAGAUAUGAUCAGACAAUACAUUCCGUUGUUAUUUAAGAACAAAAACUUAUUUGUUUCUUUCAACAGAAAUAUGUCUGUACAAGUAAAUGAUGUAAUUUUAGAAGAUGUACAAAAUAAGGGCGUAAUUACACUAAACAGACCAAAAGCCCUUAAUGCACUUAACCUAUCGAUGAUAGAAAAAGUUCAAGCAGCAUUAAAAGAAUGGGAAAACAAAAAAUGUUUAGUUUUAGUUAAAGGAUCGGGAGAGAAGGCGUUUUGUGCUGGAGGAGAUGUUAGAGCCGUAGCAGAAGCCGGAUUAAAAGGUGAAAAAUCGUUAGGUGAAGAGUUUUUCAAAAAGGAAUACGCAACCAAUAAUCUCAUUGGCGCAUACAAAAUUCCGUAUAUUGCAUUUAUAGAUGGUAUAGUGAUGGGUGGUGGUGUAGGAUUGUCUGUACAUGGUCGUUAUAGAAUAGUGACAGAAAGAACACUUUUUGCCAUGCCUGAAACACAAAUAGGCUUUUUUCCAGAUGUGGGAGGCUCAUUCUUUUUACCAAGAUUGGCAGGGAAACUUGGUUUGUAUUUAGGUCUAACUGGUCAGAGAUUAAGAGGUUCUGAUGUUGUUAAAGCUGGAAUUGGAACACAUUUCUGUGAAAGUAAAGAUCUCAAAGAUUUAGAACAAGCACUACUUGAUGAUUGUGCAAGUGAUUCUGAUAUACAAAACGUUUUAUUGAAAUUUUGUAAAACGAAUCUGCCCCCAUUUUCAUUAGAAAGUAACAUAAAAAAAAUAAAUGAUUACUUUGCAGCCAGCACUGUUGAGGGUAUUGUAACCAAAUUAGAGAAAGAUGAUAGUAAAUGGGCUCAAGACACACUUUCUUUGUUGAGGAAAAUGUCUCCAACUAGUUUAAAAGUAACAUUUAAGCAAAUAGAUUUGGGCCAACAUUAUAAUUUAAGCGAGUGCUUGCAAAUGGAAUAUAACAUGUGUAUGUCCUUCUUGAAGAAUAAAGAUUUCUAUGAAGGUGUCAGAGCACUAUUAAUUGACAAAGACCAAUGUCCUAAUUGGAGUCCUAAAAAAUUAGAAGACGUUUCAGAAGCAGCUGUCGACAAGUACUUUUUAAAUUUACCAAAAUUAAAAAUAAAGAUGUAGUUUUCAAAUAAUAGGAGCAAUUUUGUUAUUUUUUAAUAAAUGUAUAUUUUUAUAUAAAUGUGAUUCUAAAAUCAAUUGAUUAAUAUACUUCCCUCUAAUUUUUGUAUAGCAUUUAGAUGAUUAACUACCUAUUUUCCAGUAAUGAAAAAAUAAAAUAUAAGGACAAAACUUUAGAAACACUAACAAUGAAUGAAUAUGGGAAGUAUUGACAAGAGAUGGGAAAAUGACUAUACAUAUAGCUAACAGUGGUUAUAAAAUGCCAAACAUUCACUAUUCACUAAAUAAAACAGUAUUAGGAACAAGUGAAAUUGGGACGAAAGGGGAAAGACUUGAAACGAAACUGAAUAAGAUUGCCAAAGACAGUUCUAAAACCCAUUGUCUGACAAAUGAAGAAAGUACAAACACCUGAGUGCAUAUAUUGUGAAUACGGCUCAGAGGAUGUCGAACACACGUUCUUCGUGUGUAACCACUACAGGGGUUUGAGAGAGGAAGUAGAGAAGUCUGUCGAUAAUAUCGUCCAGGUGAAUCUGCACAAGGUAGAAUGGUGGUAACUGGUUGUACCUACACAGAAUGAAUUCUUAGACAAAAGAAUGUAGACGGCUGCCUGAUAUGAAUGAAACCUAAAAAACGAAACAACAUACACAGACAGAAGUAAUAUCACUAUAGUUCCUGGUUCGACGGAGAUACAGAAGAACGCGGUUUAGUGGGUAGGCUACAUUAUUUCUUUAAAAAGAAAAAAUUAAAAUAGUAUUGCCGAUGCCAAUCUUCUCACUAUCAUUAGAACGGUAAUAAAAAGUAGAAUCAUUUGACAAUCAGACAGACCAAAGAAGUAAAUUAUCAACAAUUAUAUAUCUAAUAAACUGGAGUAUUUUAGGCAACCUUUAGGGCUCUUGAUAAUCUUAUACAGACCCACAAUAAUAUUAAGUGAAUUCCUUAGGAAUGACCCGAUUUUGUUGCUUGUAUGGACAAAAUAAAAAAUUAUUAACAGGAGAGGGUAAUUGACAAAAUGCAUCCACAUAUAUUUACUAUUAUCACAGAUGACAGUGACUGAAUGAAAAUUACCUUGUUGAAAAAUGAAAAUUUAUGUCACUAAAAUAAACAUACUAUUUUUUAAUUUAUAUGCUUAAUAUUUAAUUCAAAUGUCUCGAAUCAAAGUUUAAGCACAGCAGUUGUUAGUUAAUAUUGAGUCUGCUUAUAAUGCAUACCCUAACAGAAGUUUAUAAUCACCACUAUCAUAGUCAUUAAUGAGUAAUUGAAAAAUAAACUGCAAUUUUUCAAACAGACAUUCAAGUUCCAUCCUUUUAUCCUUCUCAACAUCAAUCUUAACCUUCAUAGGUUUUUGGUAUUUCUCUAACUCCUAUAUUUCUUCAACUAUAUACCAGAGUAGUUGUUGAGGUCUGUAUCUCAGUGAUUCUGAAAGACUUUUUUGAAGCGUAUCGUCUAUUGUUAUGGUAGUAGAGUGCAUCUGACUAGACCAGUCAGUAAUCUGACAGCGACAAAGGAUCUUUCAAACAGCUUAUAAAUCAAUUGCCACACAUCUAGUCUAUCAACUUUAGCCUAAACUAUAACAAAAGUAUCAAGUUUUAAAAUGAGAUAUCAAUGUCUGAGAUUUUUUUUUCUGUAUCACUAAUAAAACUGUUGCAAAGAACCUUGGAGUUUUAAUCAACUAAUU